GAAGCGGCGACGGCGCGCAUGCGCAGUGUGGGUCGGGGCCGACGUACCCCAUGUCGGCCCCGUUCGAGGAGCGGAGCGGGCCGGUGCCCUGCGGGACGCCCUGGGGCCGCUGGUACCAGACCCUGGAGGAGGUGUUCAUUGAGGUGCAGGUGCCGCCGGGCACCCGGGCCGAGGAGGUCCGCUGCAGCCUGCAGAGCCGGCACAUCGCGCUCUCCGUGCGGGGCCGGGAGGUGCUGCAGGGUAAACUUUUUGACUCUACGAUAACUGAUGAAGGAACGUGGACAUUAGAAGACAGGAAGCUGAUACGAAUUGUUCUAAUGAAGACAAAUCGAGAUGCUGGAAAUUGUUGGAUGUCUCUGUUAGAAAAUGAAUAUGCUGCUGAUCCUUGGGUACAGGACCAGAUGCAAAAGAAACUUACACUGGAGCGAUUCCAAAGAGAGAACCCUGGAUUUGACUUCAGUGGGGCAGAAAUUUCUGGAAAUUACAGCAAAGGAGGACCAGACUUUUCUAGUCUUGAAAAGUAAACUGUUUUUUGCUGUGUUCCCUGAGAAGAAUUACGUAUUACACUUAAGCAUUGUAACCAUGUAACUGGUGAAGACUUUAGUGAUCUCAUCAGCGGAUUGUUGUCAAGUAAUUAAUUACUUCAGUGAAGACGAAGAUGAUCUUUUCCAGUAGAAUGAAGACGAAGUGUUACCAGCUGAUUUCUAAGCUGCAAUAACUUGCUAAUACAAAGACACAAACUACAGGGGAAGGAGUACACAAAAAAGUAACAUCUUUAAGCAGAAUGUUGGUUUUGUUUGGUUUUUUUUAGAAGCGCCAUAGUAAACUAGUCAAUUAUAAAUACAGCACUUACCUUUAUGCAAGAAUAUCUUGUUCACUGUUGAAGAACAGAUCUUAUAAGCAAGAUAUUUAAUAUUUUGUCUUAACUUGCAACAAGAAUAAUAUUAGGAUGGCCAGAGUUACACUUUCCCUCUGUAGCAGCCCUCUCAGAACGUCAUUCUAAAACAGUGGUUUAAAUAAAGUAUUGCAUCUUGCCUCAAAUAAUGUGUUACAUAUCCAGUGUGCUGUCAAAUGUAGCACUAAUGAUUAAUACUUGCUACCACUAAGCGAUACCAGAAAACUGAAAGGUCAGGUGGAAGUCUGGAUAGAAAUAAGUUUAUGUGUUAGUGGAAUAUAGCCUUUCAGUAUAAAUAUUUAAAAUUUUGAAAGUAAGAUAAAAUGACUUUUAAAAGGAAGUCCCUGAGUAGGAAAUGGUAUCUUGCAUCUGUUCAUUACCAACAUAUAGCACAAGUUGUUGACAGUCUAAGAAGCUCUAGAUUUUUGUAGGUGGUUUUAAUAGCCACAUUUUAAACUUGGCUGUCACACGAUACAAUAUUUUGCACGUGCCGUUACGUAUCAGGAGUUUUCUACUCCUUGUUAAGGAUGCAGCUGAGCAGCACUCCAACCACAGCAUUAUACAGGCUGAAUGCUGCAUCAAACAGACUAACAAAGGAAGAAAACACGAUUGCCAAACGCAACUCUGAAACAACUGCUUAUACUUCAGUCCUAAGCAGAAGUCUCCCUGGAGAUAAAUUGCCAGCUGCUAUCCAUCAUACUGAUGAGCCUUAUUUCUAAAAUUGCAUCAUUGUUUCAGUUUGCAUAUGACAA